ACACAAGUUGCGCGCACCGGGGCCGCUCGCGUCGCUCUGGGUCCAAGAAUCGCCAAUUUCCGCGGGUGGCUGUGAAGUGUGAGUGCGUGAGGGUGUGUGGAGGCAGUGAGGAGUGCGUGAGGGUGUGUGGAGGCAUUGGUGUAGCGUGCCCGGCAGCCAUAGCAGCCCCACACCAUGACGCAGAGGCGGCGGACCACGCUGCUGCUGCUGCUGCCGAGGUGUGUAGCGACACUCUCCUAGGACUCUCCAGCCCCGCAUGGAUUCAGUCAAGAUAGCAGGGUUGGGGGCGCACGCCCCUCAAAUGCUAUACCCUGGGGGGGGCAGACAGCCGCCCCCGGGACCCCAGGCCGCCCACCCGCCGCCCACGUCAAGGUAUGAAGCCAUGGGCAGGAAUCCGGCGACACAAGAAUACCGUGGCAGCGUCAGGCAUGACGGGUCCCCUUACAAGACGCCCAUCUCGCCGCCCACGGGGUCACGGGCGGGGGCGGGGGGCUACCCUUCCUACCCCCCCACGGGCGACGCUCACGUGGGGGGCGGGGGCGGCAUGGUGGGAGGCGGGGGGCGCUACAUGCAACACCCCCCCUUCGCGCCCUACCCCCGGGACACCCACUACGUCAGGCCCACGUCGGACCGCCCGGUGAUGCUGCCCCGACGGCCCACCAUCAUGGGACCUUAUGGGCCCUACUCGCGCGCGGGGGCAGAUAUCUUAUGGCCUUACGCGUCGAGUCGGACGGACAUGAUGCCACUGGUGCCAAGUAACUCCCUGGCUGUCAGCACCACGAUGGACUCCAGCAAGCGCAUCAAACUCACCCCCAAGCCAGACGUCCCCCUUGUCAUAGACACCUCCGACAACAACCACGGCAACAGGGAGUCCACGUACACGCCGCAGGUGGAGGCCAUCUCCCCCACCAUGCCCAACGACCCCCGGGAUGAGUCACCCCUCCGCUCCACCAAAGACGAUCUCCUCAAGCACAUAGAGCAGGUGGACAGGGAGAUUGCCAAGGCUGAGUCGAGUAUUGCCAAGCUUCGAAAGAAGGAGGGAGAGCUGGAGGUGGCGGCGCAGAAGGGGGACGGGGCCAAGGCAGAGGAGGAGGACACCAAGGAACCGCGGCAUCACAGCAUAGCGCAGAUCAUCUAUGCCGAGAACAGGAAAAAAGCGGAAGAGUCUCACAACGUUUUGGACAAGCUCAUGCCGCCCACCGACGUGCCCAGCGUCUUGCCACUGUACCACCAACCCACCGACACAGAGGUUUACAUGGCCAACAAGAGGCAAUACGCGGGCUUCAAGCGGAGACUCAUGGAGUACUUCAAGAAGAAACAUGCCAGCAAAAAUGAACGUGAUCUCCACCUCACCCAGACCUACUCCAAGCUGAUGACGGAGUGGCUCAAGAGGGUAGAGAAGGUCGAGAACUCCAAGAAGCACAAGGAGAAGGUGGCAAAGAACCGUGAGCUGUUCGAGAAGGUGUUCCCGGAGCUGAGGAAGCAGCGGGAAGAGAAGGAACGGUUCUCCCGGGUCGGCGCGCGGGUGAAGAGUGACGCCGAGAUGGAGGAGAUCAUGGAUGGCCUUCAGGAACAGGAGGUUUUCAGUCACUCACCAGCAGACUUGAAGAGGUGGAAGGACAAUGGAGGAUGCCACCUUCUGCAUCCCCUGGCCGGGAUUCGAACUCAGGCCAGCAUGAACGAGGACAAGAAGAUGCGAGCUUACGCUGUGAUCCCUCCAAUUCUUCUGGAGGAAAGGAAACGGAAGCAGCGAUACAUCAACAAAAACGGACUCAUCGAGGAGCCCAUAAAUGAGUACAAGGACUAUAAGAACAUCAACAUCUGGACGGAGCAGGAGCGGGAGAUCUUCAAGGAGAAGUACCUGCUGCACCCAAAGAACUUCGUGGUCAUAGGCAGUUACCUGGAGAGGAAGUCAGUGAGUGACUGCAUCCAGUACUACUACAGCACCAAGAAGAAGGAGAACUACAAGAUGCUGGUCAAGCGGAGGAUAAGACGGCCCCGCAAGCCCAACAACCAGCCUGUGGUGGAAAUGGUGGGGCUCAACUCCACGGGGGUCACCACGAGAGGGUCCGCCGCUGCACUCCGCACCCAAAACCCCACCAACACCCGCUCCCACCCCAUCACUGGAGCCAGCACGACGCAGGAUGACGGCAUGUCCCUCCAUGGCGGACAGAACAACCAGAACAGCCAGAACCCACCACACUCCUCCGCCUCAAACUCCACCCACAAUGCCACUGCCAACAGCACCCCGGCGACCUCCCCUGGCAGCACGCCGGCCCCCAACGACCUCACGGCCGCCACUACCAUCAGUGAGACGCCCACCUCCACCUCCACCUCCACUUCCACCUCCACCACUACCAUAUCCAGUAUAUCCAGUAAAGAGGUGCAGGAGAAGGACAAGGAAAACCUCUCCCACAGCGACAAGAAUAGUAGUGGUGGUGGCGGCGGCGGUGGUGGAGGGGACAAGCCAGUGAGGAGGGAACGCGCUCGGAAGGAUGACGAGAAGUCCAAAGAUGCCCAGGACUCCAGCGAUGAUGACAACACAGCUGAGCAUGGCAAGGGCGGUCCCCACGAGUGUCUCAUGUGCAACACUCAGCUGGAGCACUAUGGUCUGUCCCGCCCCAUUGCCCCCGGACAGGCUGCCCAGUACGGCCUGGUCGAGGCACACCUUCCACCCAACCCCAGGGUGUGCAACAGCUGCAGGUGUCGGGCUGUGCGCAGGAGAGUUACUCAAUGCCCCAUACCCACGUGUCCGACCCCCAAGUGGAGGGUGAAGCGUCUCCGGCAGCUGCCACCCCAGUGGAACGACUUGCCCCCAGACGUGAAGGACCCCAUCAUUAGAGAGUUCCAGAUUCCGAGUGAUGUCACCAAGUGCUGCUCGGCGUGCCACAACCGCAUCAGUCGCAAGCUGGGUCCCGAGGUGGAGGAGCCUGUGGACCCCUCACGCUGGUCAGAGGAGGACAUGGAUGCCCUACGCUGCGCCCUCAGGGAGGUCGGGUGCCACUGGUCCAAGGUUGCUGAGCGCCUCCCCAACAAGACAGAGGGACAGUGCAAGAGCUUCUACUUCAACUUUAAGAAGAAGUACAAGUAUGAUGAUGUUGUGGCUGAAUACCGCAAGUCCAGAGGGAAAGGUGAUGGGCCACCCACCGUAACAGAUGAGGAGGAGAGCGGGUCAUCCACUUCAAGCUGUGAUGAGGACGGCACUGUGCCCCCACCUCCCCCUGGCCCAGACUCUGCCUCCGACACCGCCUCCGCUCCGUCCCCGGGUCCUGCCCACCCCAACAAUAUUGAUGCGGAGAAGCGGGAGGCCUCCGGGCUGGCGGAUGGUGUAAUGAAGGAGCCGUUGCCGCCUGCCGUGAGUCAACCACCAGCCAGUGUGCGGGAAGACAACGACUCCUCAGCGACGGCCAGUGCGGAUGAGGGCCAGAGUGGCGUGGGCUGGGACUCCCCCGACGUUCAGCACAUACCCCACCCUGGGGAACGGCGGCCAACACCUGCCACAACUGCCAAACUGCAGCACCCGCCGCCAUUGCCACCUCCUGCUACCAAGGGUGCCCCGCCGCUGCAGGAUGGCAACAACUCCUCGGGCAAUGUGCGUGACCUGAUCUUCUUCACCAUUGAAAAUAGUCUGAAGGACAAGCUGCCAAACCCUCCCACCAAGUCCCCACCAACCAUACAAUCCAUCCUGAGAGCGACACCGGGGCGCCAGGUGCAGCCGCAGCCUUCUCCCAGCAACCUUGAGUACCAGCAUCAGCAUCGUGAGCAGCGGCUCUCUGUGCCUGGCCGCUACAAUGACCCCCGCGCCGGGCUGCCUGACACCUCCACCUACCUCCAACAGGACGUCCAGAGUGAAGGUCUAGACCUCAGUAUUCGCAAGCGUAGCCGCACGCCUCCACAGCAGCAGCAGGCGCAACCGCAGCCCCAGCAUACGCAGCACCCUCCCCCACCCCCGCUGCAACACUCCCAGCACCCCCCGCCACAGUUCCAUCAGCCGCCACCGCCACCCUCCUCAGUGUCACGGGAAUUGCCCGCCAUGACGGUGCGUGGCGGUGCCGAGGUAACCAUCACCAGUAAGGACCCGCCACCCCGGGCACACCUCAACGCCAGCUACAGCAAGCCGCCUCAUGAGCCUUGGCCUCUCGUUGACCCGCGGAACAAGUCACCUUCAGCUUUUAUCCCAGAAAGCCGCAGCCUCGCGCACCAGCCGCCGCCCUCCAUCAUGACCAGCGGGGCCUCUGUGGCCACGUCGCUUGUGUACGCCGCCCCUGUGCGGCCGCCACAUACCCAGCAGCCCUCCAAGCCCAAGGUCAGCAUGGCUCCACCGCCACCCCUCACCUCGGUGCGCACGCAACACCCAUCACCACAGCCCGUCACCACCCCCUCCAGAAUCCCACUCAAGCCAGACAAGUCUGGUGGCCCCAUGCAUGUUGGGUCCAUCACGCAAGGCACCCCUGUCAACCCACCACCCACUGUGUCUGUGCCCAUCUCCCAGUCUGGCCGCUUCGAAUUGAUAACCAAGUCCAGCCUUGGGAAGGAGGGCGGCUCCAUCACACAGGGUACGCCCAUCCACCACGAUCCCAAGCGCUCCUCGGUGUCCAACAACCCCUACAAGGACGUGGUGUUUGAGCCUCGCCCCGGCAGCGGUGUGGAGAUCAUCCCGCGCCCUGCCCUCACUUCCCAGUAUGACAGGGACCACAUGUAUCGUGGCCCCCGCCCCCCCAGCUCCACGGCACCCCCCACCACCACCUACGCCUACCCCACCUACCACUACAGUACGCGACCCCCCUAUACAGACUCGCAGCGGCAGCUCAUUGCGAACGAUUACCUGACUUCACAGCAGAUGAAUAGGCGUGUCACUGAGAAGGACCCUCGCGUGUCACCCCGAGGUAGGGACCCCAGCCCACAGCAGGACCCCAGGGACCAUCGUAGCUUGCCUGGUGGCACCACUGUGAACCGUAUCAUGGAUCCUCGCACCAUUGACAUCCGCUCAGUAGACCCGCGCAGUCUGGACCUGCGAAGCCUCGAUCACCGGAACCUGGACCCCCGCAUAGAUUUACGGAACCUGGACCACCGCCUCGUGGACCCCCGUGUCUCAGACCACCGCAAUGUGUACUUCAGCACCAGUAGCACCCCACAUGGGUCCUACCAACUACCCUCCCAGCCCUCCUCUGCUCCUGUGUACAUCUCACAAGAUCGCAUUUCCCGGCCGCCGCCGUCCCCUGCUUCAGCGCGUGACGCCACCCCAACACCUCCCACUUCCGAGCCUGCCCCUUCCCCACACGAAUUCCGAUCUCCUGGCGUAUCCACCCCAACGCCCCCACCUCGGGUGGCGGUAAUUCAGCGGCGGCCCCCCAGCAAGCCACCACCCCACAAUUCCCCGAAGAGCGCCUCACCCCGCACUGACCCCGGGUGCUAUUCCCCAAUGCACAUCACCACUCCUGGCUCGGAAAACUUCAAGGCAUUGGUAGACACAGCAGUGGCACAGCGUGGUGGCGGCGGUGGUGGCGGAGCCCCUUACUCGUCAGUGGUGGAUGUUCGGCGGGAUGGGCGUCACCACGAUGCACCACAGUUAGAGGGCUUUGAGCAACAGUUGACGGACAACAUGAACCGGACUGUACGCACCACCCAUAACAAGCACGAUGUGCGGCCACCACCACAUGACUCGCGCAUACCACCGCCGCUGCCGCCACAGGGUGAUGACCGUAGGUUCUUUAUCGAUCAGAGAACUGCCGAGGCGUUUGACCGGCAGCGAUUGAUAUCCAAGGGUCUGGAGCCCAAGCCUGACCUGGAGAGUGAUGCUGCCAAGGGCAUUCCAGUUUGCUUCAAGAAGGAGGAGCCACCCAAACCAGUGCCGCCCAAGCCAAGGGGGGGCACCCACAGCGAGACUCUGACUGCUGCCAACCUGAUUGAUGCCAUCAUCACACACCAGAUAAACAAUGACACUGCUGAUGGCAGUGGCGGUGGCAGCGGCAGUGGCGGUGGUGGCAGCAGUGGUGGCACUACUGGCAGUGGAGGCGGCAGUAACACUGGUGGCGGAGGUACUGGCGGUGGUGGUAGUGGUGGUGGAGGCAAUAGUGGUGGUGGAGGUGGUGGUGGCGUUAGUGACGGUGGGGGUGGCGGUGGCGGCAGUGUUGGUGGGGGUGGUGGUGGUGGUGGUGGUGGAAGUGGGGGUGGUGGUGGGGAGCAGCGUACCUGCUUCAGGAGGGAGGGGGAAGGUGGGGGCCUGCAGGUGGUGGAGUUAGACAAGCGGGUCAGAUCCCCUGCCGGGCCCCCCCAGCCCCCGCCCAAAGUAAAGGAGGUGGUGACAGUGGAGGAUGGCCCUGAGCCUCGCCCCAUGAACCACAAGGAUGGCCUCAAUGUCUCCUUGCAUGCGCCACCCCACCACCCCGGCCCCAAGUCCAUCCAGGCCCACAUGGACCAAAUCAUUCACCGGGAGUUCUCCAGCGGGGAUGGACGCAAGUUGUCCACCUCUCACGUCACCUACAGCAGGCCGCCCUUUGAGAUCUUGAGGACCGAUGGUCGUCCAAUAGUCUCCUCGGGGGGCCCUCCCGCCGUUACGGUCUCCCAGUUGAGCUAUGACCACUGGAAGAUGCGUGGCAGUAUGGAUAAGGAGGCUAAGGACAGGAUAGAAUCGCGCUCUCCCCAUCGCCCUCCACCCACAUCUGCCCCUUCCUCCACCCACCACCUCUCGGCACAGCACCUUGCCCCUGAUGAGCGGCAGAUCAUUCGCAUUGCCCAGCCAGUCUCGCCGCGGCCUGACCACAAACUGCGUACACCACCUGCCGCCCCGGCUGGCAGCUUUCCGGUGGAGCCCAUUUCUCCCCCAACCUCUACCGCCCCUCCAAACUCAGACCCCAACCACAGUGAGAUAAACACCCCCUGGAACUUUCAGAAGCGGGGAGCCGCCUCCAAGGAAAUGUUUGAGUACGUUCGCUGCAAAAUUGCUGAGGUGAUGCGAACGCCGGACUCCCAGGACGGUGAAAAGCUGGGCCAUGAGGACCGCCACCCCCGUUCAGGCACGCCGGCCUCGCAGCCGUCAGCACCGCAGACCAAUGCCCACUCCGAUGUUGACGAUCAAGCCAGAAAGCGACCGCGGCCCGAUGGUACGGAGCAGCGGCCGCCAUCCCGUCCACGCUCCACCGGGGGCGAUGUGGCCAAGGAGCGGCGGGAGGAGCAGCCACCCCCUCCACCCCGGGAUGACGUGGCCGACGCUGACUCGCCUCAGUCUGGUGAAAUGGUGAUAGACGAGUCGCCGCGUGACCAUCCACCCACCUCCAAGGCAGGUGAUGCCGGGGGGCCGGGGAAGGUGGGAUCCAAGGCGGGGGAGGCGGGAGAGCGGUAUUCAUCAGGGGGCGGGGGCCCGGGGAACCAGUACCCCCCCUACCCCUACUCCGGGUUCCGGGGUCACGGGGGUCAAGGUGUGGGGGGCCCCGGGGUGCCGCCCUCCACUACCACCGUCACUACUACCAGCAGCAGCGGCAGCGGGGGGCGUCUCCCCCAGGGGUACGAGCCCAAUGUUGAGCCAGUCAGCGACGAUGACUGAGCCAGCCCGGAGGACCGGACGAGACAGCCGUGAUAAGUGUUAUCUGUGAUCUGUUUUGUGGACUAGUGUUGUCACGCCGCACUCUGGUGUACAAAGCUACCCAUCUGUGUGUGUAUAUAGGAGUAAGUAGGUGGUAUGUGUUAAUACUCAGGCUCCAUAGGGGAGGGACCGCCGCCGCUGCAGCCGCUGCCGCGCCCCACGCCUCACGCCCGCGACCCUUGCCCUUCCGUCACGCCCAUUCUCCUUCAUGAGAUAUUUAUGAAUCAUUACAGACUGUGGUGACAAGAUUGCCAUUUCACCACUGCACCGCCGGCCUCUGGAGCGGCGGUGGCAGUGGCGGCGGUGGCGGCGACCCGGCAGUGCCCACACAGACCCUCCCCGUGAACAAAGCUGUCCCCCGGGGCACGGACGGCGCCCACCCGCUGCUAUAUUCAGACAAGUUCAUUCCAAGGCCCCGCCAGCCGGUGUGGGCCGGUCCGCAUUGUACAGACCUUCCUUCCACUUGUUGAGGGCGGCGGCUGGCGGCUUGCCCGGCGCCGCCGCCCAUCUCUCACAUCAUUACAUGUCAGAAAUGUUAUUUUUGUUGAAAUAAAGAUGCUCAAAACCUA